UGCAUGUACAUAUUUUGUACAGUAAACCUCUACUACUAGACCAGGCCUUUAAAACACACUAUAAGGAGGUGUGUGCUGUUUGUUGGGGCAGAAUAAAGAAUCAAUGCUGUGGGCUAAUGAUUACCAGCCUGAGAGACGAGAGAUACCCAUGAAUUUCUGAGAAGUGACUUUAGGAAUCAAAGCUUCAGUGCUGUAUUGGAUUAUCUCCUGAAUACUGUCCAGUAUUUCCAGCACCAUGAUCCCACUGCUGCUGUUACUGCUGGGCCUGCAGAGCUUCAGUCAGCCUGCAGUAGCAGCUGAGACCACGUUCUGGGAUGCUUUGAGUGCUAUAGCUGAUGCACUUACUGAUUAUUCCUACGACUACACUGAGGAACCCACUGAACUGGAUGCAACUAUUGACAGCACUGUUGACUGGCUGUUUGCUCUCUUAGAUGAGGAAGAUGUGUGUGACCCAAACCCUUGUCUCAACAAUGGAACCUGUGAGACUGGAACUGAUGGCCAUUACAAAUGCACCUGCCCCCGACCUUUCAUAGGCAAAAAGUGUCAAGAUGUUGAGAAUGUGUGUAAGAAUGUUAACUGUGGUAAAGGCGAGUGUGUGCGCAUUCCAACAGAGCCCUUUUAUGAGUGCAAGUGUAGAUCCCCCUACCGGCCCCCCAGGUGCAAGAAACCUUCACCCUGUAGGCCCAGCCCCUGUUUGAAUGGUGGGACGUGUGUUAAAGGGGGUAAAAGAAGCUUUAAGUGUGUGUGUCCUGACAACUAUACCGGAAAAUUCUGCCAAGUUGGUCCUGAUGACUGUUAUGAAGGAGAUGGAGAAUCCUACAGAGGAUUUGUAACUGAAACAGUGAGUGAGCUGGAGUGUUUACCCUGGAACUCUCACCUCUUACCAUACAGUGACUUUAAUGAAGACGAUGAUGGAGUCGGACCUCAUAACUACUGCAGGAACCCAGAUGGGGAGAGCCAGCCCUGGUGCUUCGUCAGAUACCAGGGAAAGCUGCAGUGGGAUGACUGUAAUGUCAGACAGUGCCCAGAAGCAGUUACCACAACCAGCACAGAAGGAGCGUAUCCGGCAGUGUUCACUACAGCUCUCCCGAAGAAGGACUUCUCUGUGUGUGGGAAGUCUCAGCCUGCCAGGGCUAUGGCUAAGAUCUUUGGUGGGAGAAAAGCUCGACCUGGAGCUCAUCCCUGGCAGGCCUCUCUACAGGCUCGCCGCAAGCGUAGUGCUGAGGCCUUCCGUCACAUAUGUGGAGGAAUACUAAUCGACUCCUGCUGGGUCCUCACUGCAGCUCACUGCAUUGAAAGAAUGAAUGAGAUGCAGGUGAAUCUGGGUGGAGUGAACCUGGACAAAGACGAGGCUGCAGAUCAGACAUUUGAUGUGGAAAAUUAUGCCGUUCAUGAAAACUACACAGAGUCUGAAGAUGCCCUCUACAAUGACAUAGCUCUGCUGAAGCUGAAGGCAGUAGAUGGGCAGUGUGCCAGAGAGACCAAGUUCGUAAAGGCUGCCUGUCUGCCCACUGGUCCAAUCCCUGAUGGAACAGAGUGCACUAUAUCAGGAUAUGGAGUCACUGAGCACGAUGAAGAAGGUUCCAAACAGCUGCUGGAGGCAAAAGUUCUCCUGAUCUCUCAGAAGCAAUGCAUGGCUCCUCAUGUCCAUGGGGACGUGAUGGAUAAUGGCAUGUUCUGUGCUGGACACAUGAAAGGAGGAGUGGACUCCUGCCAGGGAGACUCUGGGGGUCCUCUGGUCUGUAAGCAGAAUGGCACAUAUUAUAUUUAUGGCGUGGUGAGCUGGGGUGAUGCCUGUGGCAAGAAGAAUAAACCUGGAGUGUAUGCCCGAGUAACACACUUCCUCGACUGGAUCAAUGAAAAGAUGCGCUCCUUAUAAAACAGAACCACAAGGAGAUCAUAUAAACCAGGGAUGAACAUCAGGACAUCAGCCUCAAGUUGCUGUGCAGCUUCUACAAAACCUUUAUUUCUAGAUUUCAUGAUCAUAAAUCAUACAUCAAGCAGGAACUCUUAAUUCACAAAGCUGAACCUGUCAGGCAUACAGUAUAUCAAAUAUAUCUGAAAUAUAACAAUUCUGCCGUUGGCAGUCUAAACAGUUAUUCGUCCACCUGUGACUUUUCACAGCAGUCAUUUGUUUAUUUUUUCUUUCUACAGAAUGGCAAUGUUAAAUAAAGUUUCAUCACUAUUUAAAA